GUAUGGCGUAUGCUCUUCUGGCUUCCUUACCCCCUGUGAUUGGCCUGUAUACUUCUCUAUUCCCGGUGCUGGUCUACUUCAUCUUCGGCACCUCCAGACACCUCUCAAUAGGUACGUUUGCGGUGAUGAGCAUCGUGAUCGGGGGUGUGACGGAGAGGCUGGCCCCCGACAGUGCCUUUAUCGUAAACGGCACCAACGGUUCACUGAUUCACGAUUUUGAAGCUCGGGAUGCCCUGAGGGUAAAGGUAGCGUGUUCCCUCACAGUCUUGACAGGGAUCUUUCAGAUCUUGUUCUUUGUGGUGAGGUUUGGUUUCGUGGUCACGUACCUGUCCGAGCCGCUGAUCCGUGGCUACACUACAGGGUCAGCGUGUCAUGUGUGUGCCUCACAGCUCAAGUACCUGUUUGGACUCACACCAGUACGAUUCACAGGUCCUCUCUCCCUUAUCUAUACUGUGGUGGAUAUUUGCCGAAUGCUGCCUGAGACGCAGGUGCCGGAGCUGGUGGUCAGCCUGGUGUCGCUCACUGUUCUCAUUGUGGCCAAAGAAAUCAAUGACUGUUACAAACAGAAGCUGCCGAUGCCCAUCCCUGUGGAGCUGAUAGUUAUCAUAGCAGCAACAAUCAUCACCCACUUCUGCGGACUUGAGACUAAAUACAAGCUUGAUGUUGUUGGGCCGAUUCCCAGUGGGCUCCAGGCCCCUCAAGUUCCAGAUACCUCUUUUUUCCCCGAGAUGAUAGGCGAUGCCUUCACUGUGGCCAUCGUGGGCUACGCCAUCAACAUUUCCCUCGGCAAAACGUUUGGCCUGAAACAUGGCUAUAAGGUGGACAGCAACCAGGAGCUGGUUGCUCUGGGUCUCAGUAACACUAUUGGCAGCUUCUUCCAGUGUUACUCUGUGACCUGCUCGCUGUCUCGUAGCCUCAUCCAGGAGAGCACGGGGGGCAAGACACAAGUUGCGGGAGUGAUUUCAUCCAUCAUUGUGCUGAUCACAGUUUUGAAAAUUGGUGCUCUCUUUGAAGAUCUCCCCAAGGCUAUUUUAGCCACAAUAGUGUUUGCCAACUUGAAAGGGAUGUUUAAGCAGUUCCUGGAUGUGCCGAUGCUGUGGAGGACCAACAAGGUGGACCUGCUGGUGUGGCUGGUAACAUUAAUAAGCACCAUCCUGCUCAACCUGGACCUGGGUCUGGCUGUCUCCAUUGGCUUUUCCAUGCUCACUUUCAUCUUCAGAACACAACGGCCGCGUUACUCCAUCUUGGGCCACGUGCCAGGCACUGACUUGUAUCUAGACACAGACGCCUACGGGGGGACUGAAGAGAUUCCAGGAAUAAAAAUCUUCCGCUCAUCUACGACUAUCUGCUACACAAAUGCUGAGAUGUACCUGGAGGCCCUGCAAGGGAAGACUGGAAUUGAAAUCAGUAAGCUGGUGGGGGCAAAGAAGAAGCGAGAUGCAGCGCUGAAGUCUAAAAAGGAGAAAGCGGAAGCAAAAGCGAAAACAGAGGAAAAGACACAACAGAAGCAAAAAGCGGUCAGAGACAUGUCCAAUCUCGCCAUCUCUUUGACAGAGUUGACUGAGGGCAAAGUCUCUGCAGGACUGAGUCAGGGGAACAGUGCAGCCGUAACCUCUACAAAUGGCCUUAGUAAAGGACAAGUAAACUCGGCUUACCAACAUGACUCAGAUUUAGACACGGGUUGCCACGGUGAUGAAAACAUCUACGAGGAACCGCACUAUGGUGAUGAGGAGAAGGAGGGGACCUGCGGAUCAGAUGUCCACAGCAUCAUCUUGGACAUAUCGUCAACCGGCUUUGUGGACACAGUCACUACAAAUACAUUGAAAAAUAUUUUCAGGGACUUCGGGGAGAUUAAUAUAAACAUUUAUCUCGCGGGAUGUCAAGCCUGUGUUGUGGAUCAGCUGGAUACUGCAGGCUUCUUCUCAGAGUCCAUCCCGAAGAGCAGGUUGUUUGUCACAGUCCAUGAUGCCGUGCUGCACAUUCUCAAGAAGCUGGGGCUGAAAGACUUUGUACUUGACGUUCCCUGCAGCACCCCGAUGUAACCAACAGGGGUCAGACUGUUCCAACUCUCGCCAUCCUCCCCCUCCUCCGCUGUGGUCCACUCCUCACUAUUGGUCGUCACUGUCUCCUCCCCCUUCAAUGGGGGUGAAUGCACCACCUUGACAUGGCGGCCGGUUGCCAUGGAAAUCCAGGGAGCCGUUACUGUGGCAACGGGCUUUUUAUGAUAUCGCUUAAUGAGAUAGCCAGCAAUACGUCAUCGUAGCUCUCUCUCUCUCUCCCUCUCUCACUCUGUGGUCCCCCCACAGAGGAGGGGCGGGGGGAUGAGUGGGAGAAUGUAACAGACGAAUAAGAGUCUGUAUUUAUAGCCGGUGUGAGAGAGUGAGUGAAAGGUUGACUGUGUGGGGGGGGGGACUCAUAUUUGAGAGGUGUUGUUGUGAACAGACGCACCACGAUGUGUCAGUCUGUCAGUGCGCUGUGUGGGUUUUCUGGGAUCUAUACAGUUGGCCCUCAUGUUCUGUUUGUAAGGGAAACCCAUGUGUCAUCUAACACAAAUUAAUAGGAUGUAAAUAUUUGAAAUUUAUAGGACAAGACUGUGCCCUCUGGGAUGAGGAGGGGAGGGGGGGCCUUAAUCCUGUUAUUACCACCCAUUCGUUUCCAAACGGCUGCAAGGAGCUGAAGUGCAGAUAUGGUGUAAUAGGUGUCCACAGUGUGGGUGUAUUUACAGUCAGUAAUCACACGUCUGAUUCUUCUAUUUUUGGGAAUGCAGUCUUGUCUCAUCAUCUAUCAUAACUCUCUUGCAUUUGCGGAACAGUGUAUCGUAAUAGACAGUACACAGUACAUGUUACAUAUGUAUUUCAAUGAUUAGGGUUGUCCCAUCCAAGAAUAUCUGCGUCAGGCCUUGAAAAGUUUUGUAUUUUGACUUUCAGGAAAUGUAUUCAAUUGCUUUCUUUUGCAAUUAUGCAGUUUCUCACUACAAUAAAUAAAUGGUCUUCGUGCAGAA